ACUGCGCGUCGCUCGCGUGGAUUGGAGUGUUUUCAAUCUCUCCAAAUGUUGACAUGGGCAAGAUCACCAACCGCCCCCAGGCUGACACAAGUAACUUGCCAUCUGGCUACAUCACCAAGGGUGCUCCGGUGCCUUUAGGACAAGACACAUCGGUUGUAAAGGGAGAACAUUAUGGCCGGCAUUCUGGGCAGCCAGUGAAUCACAAUCCAGUGCCAUAUCGAGAAUUGCCAUAUUCCGAACUGAGUGAACUUGCAAGUGCAUUGUGCGAGCAGUCCACAGGAUGGAGUCCAAUCUCAGCACGCUUGAUUGUACCUUGGACACUACCAACCAGCACGAAGAUUCUGUGUCUUCUACUGUACGAGACAUUGCCCAGGAUAGUGGCAGUCUCCUGCAGGAGCCCAACUCAAUGCUGGUGCGCAUGCUUCACAUGACCGUAAAAGAGGAGCAAUCAUGGCUUGGUGCACUGGGGGGCAGCCCUUGCUCUGGCAGCCCCUCGUCCAGUCGGGCCAGUGCAAGCCCCCCACCAGACUCGCCAUGCAGAGCCCUGGCAGGUGCCUCUCCUUUAGCUGUGUCAGAAGAAGCCAC